ACCUUUACCUUUGACCUUGACCUCUGGUAUUGAUAUCCUGAACACAUGCCACACGCGAGUGUGGUUGUAGAUAGAAGUUUGCUUUCAGAGAGACUAAACAGUGAGAGAUGUUACUGAAAGAGUACCGAGUAUGUAUGCCACUCACUGUGGAAGAGUAUCGUAUUGGGCAGCUAUAUAUGAUAACUAAGCACAGUCAUGAACAAAGUGAGAAAGGUGAAGGUGUAGAAGUGGUCAGAAAUGAACCUUGUGAAGAUACCAAUUAUGGAACUGGACAGUAUACAGAGAAAAGAGUCUAUCUGAACAGCCGCCUGCCAAGCUGGGUGCGGGCCCUCAUUCCUAAUAUCUUUUAUAUCACUGAAAAAGCAUGGAAUUUCUACCCUUACACCAGGACAGAAUAUACGUGCUCUUUUGUACCAAGAUUUUCAAUAUACAUUGAAACCCGUUAUGAAAACAAUAAUGGAAGCUCAGAAAAUUGUUUGGGUCUCUCCCAAGAAGACCUUGAUGUCAGAGAAGUUGAACAUCUUGACAUUGCAUAUGAUCCUUUACCUGAGAAGUAUUACAAAGAGGAAGAGGACUGCACAAAGUUCCAGUCUAAGAAGACAGGCAGAGGUCCAUUAAUGCCAGGAUGGAGAGACACCAUGGAUCCCAUCAUGUGUUCAUACAAAGCAGUUAAAGUAAAAUGUGAGAUAUGGGGAGUCCAGACUCGUAUGGAAAGCUUCAUGCACAGAAUUGUGAAGGACAUCCUCUUAGCUGGACAUCGACAAGCCUUUGCCUGGAUUGAUGAAUGGCAUGGUAUGACAAUUGAUGACAUCAGGGAAUAUGAAGACAAAAUGCACCAAGAGACAAACAAGAAAGUUGGCGUCAGUGAUUCGUCAAUACAAAAUGACUCCACAAACAAUACACCGGAGAAUGGAGAUGAAGGAACGAGCAUAUGAACAACACCAAGAUUAUAUAAAAUUAUUAUAUGUUUAAUAUAUAUAAUAACAUUACUUUGAAUAUGAUAUUAUUUUUAUAAAUAGGAUAUAAAGUUCACUUCUUAGUCUACCAAACAAAAAGUAUUAACCUCAUUGGAUUUUAAAAAGAAUUUAUAAUUUUCAGUGUGUUAAAGCCAUUCUUGGUUGAAUUUGAACAAAAUAAAUUAUUUUCAGUUGCCAGUUGCUUUAACAGCCAUUUCAUUUCAUAUAUUAAGGACCAGUUGGACUGUGCACAGGAUGCAAAACACUCUUUAAUAUAUAUGAAGCAUAAGGAAAAAAGUCAAAUGUGAAAUAUUUUCUAAAUUUAUUCUAUGAAUGCCACUGAACAGGAACAACGGGGAUUAUCCGAGAUGGCCCAAAGUCUUGCAACAUCAUCUGUAAAAUCAAGUGAAAUUUGAUGGGGGAGAGAAGGUUAAAAAUAAUGGUAAACUAAUGAGUGUGAGGUAGCAAGAAAUAAAAGCUGACCAAGUUUAUCCAUGGAUAUUUUUCAGGUUUUCUCUUGUGAUCUGUGGAAUAACAGUCACAUACACGACACUACAUGUACGUAUUCACCUUGUUAUGCAUGCUACUUUUGCAUUGCUUUCUAUAACUAAAAAGUAAAUCCCAUCUCACUUACUCAUACAUUUUUUGGGCUCAUAUGAUGUAAUGCAUUUCCAGCAGCUCUUUUAGGAUGAUCCCCAUUUUUUCUUGCAAGACUGGCCCUGUUGACAUGAAUUUAUGAUAUGCGGUGUUAUUUAUGAUUUAGACAAAGGUCACCACCAACAAUGGAAAGCUUGUUGUUCUUAUAUGGUAAUCAGUCAACCAGUUAUUGUUUUGUGUAAUUCUGCAUUAAUUGCACGUCAAAUAAAAAAAGCAAGUUUAUUGAUGUGCUAAAGAUUAUAUUAUGUUACAAUGUCUGUUAAGCUUAUUUGAUUUCUCGUUUCUCUCUCUUUCUGCCAUUCUGUCAUGUGAUAUAUAGACUUGUGGUUAACAUGAGUCAAACAUAAAAUGAAAAUUUUCCAUAUAAUGUUUAGGGAUUGGGCAAAAUGACAAUCACACUUCAACUUGUAACUUUAUUUAUUAUUAUUAUUUAUUGUAAUCUGUAAGAGUGUAUCUUAUUAAUAAUAGAAAAAACCCUAUUUUCUCAAAAUAAAAGGGUUUGUUUGACUAGAAAGAGCAAAAUUUCCUAGAAAAUAUCCAACAAAUAGCAAAGUUGGAUUCUUUGAAUGUGGUCAUUCACAUAGAUGAUGAUCUCUGUGUCAAUUUCUAGCUGCGUCCUGUUGAGAUAAUCGCUUACUGAAUCUGAUCAGCACAACAUUUAAAGGAGCAAUUCUACUUAAUAGUUGGUGGCUUCCCAUCACAAUGUCAAAAGAAUCAGUGGCAACUCUCGAUUUCAAAUUAUCAUUAAGCUGAAUGCCUGCAUGCUGAUGGAGACUUCAUGCAUUUUCUUGAAUUUGAAUACAUUGCAGUGGCAGCCUUGGGUAAAGAAAAAGGUUUAAUCUUUUAUAUUGUAACAGUUUUUAACAGAAUUUUGAUGGUUUGAGUGUCCAUAUUAAAUUUUGUUAAUGUUUUCCUGUAUCACAUAAGUUAAAUUAGCCUGCCCUAUAGAUUUUACACCAUUGAAAGAUACAUUUGUGUCAAGUAUACAUAGAAAACAGCAAUAAGUAAUUCAGACCUAUGAACUUGAAGGCACUGUGUAAAUAUGCUUCUUGUCUACAGGGCACUGAAGUUUAGGUCAAUAAGUAAAUACAGUUUUUACUCCAAUUUCUGUAUGUAUACAUUGUGUGAUAUCAGAGCUGAACACAGCUUGCCUUACUAGUUUGUUCAUCUACACUUUUCUAUUGAGAACAUUCCUAAAAUGUUGCACAGACUUUUACCCCUUUAUUGUUUAUAUCUUGUCACUAUUAUUAAUAGAAGUGAGCAAUGCACUGGGAUGAUAAGUGUUUUUUAUUAGAAAUGGCUCCUGUUGUAGAAGUAAUUGGGGUAUUUUAAGUGUUGAGACAUAUCUGACAGUUUUACAGGUGCUUGAUAUUCAUUAAUACGAUAAAAUAUGUUGAAA